AUGGGGGCCCUCAGGCUGAGUGGGGGCCCCCAAAAGGCAGAGCUAUACGGGGCCUCGCGUCAGCGUCUCCUUUUUCUUGUAGACGAUGAGCAGACAACGCAGCUCUGGAGCAACGCGCUGGCGCUGCUGCAUGCAGGGGGGGAUUCGCUGCUGCUGGCUGUCGACUUAGAAUGGGGCUUUGCCUCUGCUGAGCAGCAGCAACACGAGCGCUGCAUGCAGGCAACAGCAGCAGCAGCAGCAGCAGCAACAGCAGCAACAGCAGCAGCAGCAGCAGCAGCAGGACACGCAAGGCUUUCUCUCUUGCAGCUUUGUGUUGAGCGUCAAAUGCCCAUAGAUAAAGGACCCGAAAAGAACAGCAACAGCAAUGCUGCUGCUGCUGCUGCUGCUGCUGCUGCAGGGUCUGCUGCUGCAGCAGCAGCGACGGCACCGCGGCAUAACAGCAGCGUGAGGAUUUGUGGGGGUGCUAUGGAGGACAAAACUAGAGCAGCAGCAGCAGCAGCAACAGCAGCAGCAGCAGCAACAGCAGCAGCAGCAGGAACAGCAGCAGAAAGCGGCGUUACAGCAGAGCUUCUUGCUGCAGUUGCUGCUGCAGCAGAUAUAGGUUUUGUUGUUUUGUUUGAUUUAUAUAAUAAAACAAAACAAAUGGUUACUCAUCUCAGGCUCUUGCUGGAGGACCCGCUAAUCCCUAAAGUUGUAGCAGCGCAGCUGCUGCAGCAGGCGCGAGGGGCGGAGAUAUUUCAGCAGAGUUUAAAUGAUUUGCUGCUGGAGCGGCUCCGCGUUGUGUGA